AUAUGACCUUAACUCAUUGCCGAUGACCUUUCGCCAUUACUCCAUUCUAAUAUCGCACGAAGAAGUGCUAUUUCACACUGAAAUUACCAGCUAAAUAAUCGCAAUAUCACAAUAUGUCGGAAUUCAAGGAAAUUCUUGAGAACUACAGGACGGCACCUUUUGAUGCCCGCUUCCCCAACACUAACCAGACCAAGAACUGCUGGCAGAACUAUGUAGAUUUCCACCGUUGCCAGAAAAAGAAGGGCGAGGACUACGAGCCUUGUGAAUACUUCAGGAGAGUCUACAAGUCAUUAUGUCCACUUGCAUGGGUUGAGAACUGGGAUACUCAGAGGGAAGAAGGGACAUUUGCAUCCAAGAUAUGAUGUGCCACUUGACCUGUAGAUACCGUCAGAUGUUUAUAUUCUACUAGAGUUUAGCACCGUUGUUCCUGUACCUCUAUGAGUUGACAAGCCAAAGUGAAGAACACAUUCAUCAUCAUCUUAAUCUGACGUCAGAAAAAUUUUAAUGCAUCGGACUAAUUAUCUUGAUUCUUAGAACAUGUUAUGUGCAUGCACAAACCAGACCAUAAUUUUUAUUGCCCUAUUUUGGAAAUAUAAAACACUCCAAAUAAAUCCUGAGUAAAUAAAAUAUAUGUUUUUAUUGCACAUUGUUCUGCAAUAUUUUUGCAAGAUGGAGAUUUAUUACGGUGGUUCAUAACAAAAUUAGAAUUUGAAAGCAUUUUUUUCAUUGUCCAUCCAAGAACAUGAGGUUCUUCUCAAAUGAAUUCUUUAAAUUUUAUCAUUUGAUGGUUGUGUUUUUGUAAAUACUACCCGAGCAAUUGUUCUUCACUUAUCAGGUGUGUUGUGCUUACUGUGGAUUCUAAUUAAUUAAAUUAUCUUAGGAAUGAAGAAAUAUUAGUUUAAAACUGAUAUUUGAAUAAAUUUUGAACUCUA